CAAAACAGCAUUUACAUAACAAACAAAGCCAAAAAAACAAAACAGAGUAAAGAUGUUUUCAGACCACUUACCUUCUUCUUCUUCUUCUUCUUCUUCAUCUUUAGACUUCCAAGAACACUUCAUGGACAGUUUUGUCUCUAGAAAAUUGCUUCAGCAACUCCCAUUUGAUCACACCACUGCUCAACAAGCUCAUGACCCUGACAAGAACAACUUGAGCGGCAACGUUCUCCUCCUACUCUCUGUCCUUUUAUGUGGUAUCAUCUGCUCCCUCGGGUUGCAUUACAUAAUUCGUUGUGCAUUCACACGUUCUCGAAGUUUCAUGAUCUCUGAUCCCAUCUCUAGCCCCUCGUCCACACCACGAGGUUCAGAAGUAACAAACAAAGGGAUCAAGAAGAAAGCUCUCAAGAUGUUCCCAGUAGUGAAUUACUCACCAGAAAUGAACCUGUCAGGGCUCGGCGAGGAGUGUGUCAUCUGUUUGUCUGAUUUUGCUUCUGGAGAACAGCUACGUCUGCUUCCCAAAUGCAACCACGGGUUCCACGUUCGCUGCAUCGACAAGUGGCUUAAGCAACAUAUGACUUGUCCGAAAUGUAGACACUGUCUAGUUGAGACAUGCCAAAAGAUCUUAGGUGACUGCGAUGAAGCUGAGCAAGUGGCAGCAGCAACAACAAGUGAGAGCAUAGAAAUCAGAAUUGCUCCUCUAGAACCUGAAGCAAGAGUAGCCACUUUUAGAGAAAGCAGCUAGGGUGUGCCAACAAAUAAAAUCAUAUUUCAAGAAUUUGGUUUCACCAGCAAGAUUAUAGAUUUUUUUUUUUAGAUGUGAACAUAAUUUAUGUCUCUAGCCUUAGGAUUUCAAAAUCAAAUAUACUUUAAGCUUUCCGAGAGGAAUCAUAAGUUCAUAUGGUUUUUCAA